AAAGCAGAGGCGAGGAGCGCCUCGCAUGUGAAAAAAAUAACUCACCGGCCGGGAGAUGGAAUGGAUCCCUAGCUAGCUUGGCGGUCGAAUUCAUCGUCCUCCAUCGCCGCCGCCGGCAGCUGGCUCCUCUCUCCGCUCCCGUGCAUGCAUCCCCCAUCCCUUUUUAAUUAAAGCCAUCUGUCUAGCUAGCUCAUUCAGAAUAAUCCUCUUUCUUUCUCCCAUCUUUUUAGUUUUUAGCUAGCUUUGCAACAGCUAGAGAGCACAGUUCAGUUCAGUUCAGAAAUUCAUAUUCACUGAGAUUAGCAACCAUGCACACGUACGAUGUGUGAGCCUCCCCUGCAUGUGCCCGUCGUGAGUUCAUCAAAGCUUGAUCGAUCCAUCAGCUGUUUCCUCUGAUCGCUGAUGGACAAAGAGGUGCAGCAGAGAAGCCACCUGGAGAGAUUUGCGGCGCUGGACGAGGCGCCACCGCCGGCACCGGAGGAGACCGUGGUCACCGGCGGGGAGAUGGUGGACUACAUGCUGGGACAGCCGCCGCCAACGACGCCCGGGCCGCAGAGCCAGGUGUCCUUCGACAAGCUCACCUUCUCCGACGUGCUGCAGUUCGCCGACUUCGGCCCCAAGCUCGCGCUCAACCAGCCGGCGGCGUCGGACAACGGCGGCGGUGGUGGCGACGACGGCGACGACGACGACGACAGCUACUUCCUCAGGUUCCAGUCGCUGCCGUCCCUCCCCGCCGUUCCCCCUCCUCGUGGCGGCGCCGCCGCCGCGCAUCAGGUCGUUGACGAGCAGGAGGGCAGCAAGCAGACGGUCGACGCCGGCGGCGUGUCCGAGAGCACGACGCUGGUGCAGCAGGCUGACGGCGGCGGCGGCCGUGCGGAGAAGGCCGGUGAGCAGGGGAAGAGCGGGCGGCGGAAGCGUCCCCGGACGGUCAAGACGAGCGAGGAGGUGGAGAGCCAGCGGAUGACGCACAUCGCCGUCGAGCGCAACCGCCGCCGCCAGAUGAACGAGUACCUUCGAGUCCUCCGCUCACUCAUGCCCGGCUCCUACGUCCAAAGGGGAGACCAAGCAUCCAUCAUAGGUGGUGCAAUAGAGUUCAUACGAGAGCUGGAGCAGCUGAUCCAGUGCCUGGAGUCGCAGAAGCGGCGGCGCCUGUACGGCGGCGACGCGCCAGCGCCACCUGCACGGCCGGUCGCCGACGGAGCAGUUCUGCCGGCGCCCAUGCAGCAGCCGCCGCCGGCGACGCCGCCGUUCUUCCCCCCGAGCAUCCCGUUCCCCGCGUCGUCCGGCGCCGGUGACGGUACAGGCGCCGGCGUGGCCAAGGUCGCACUGGACCUCGACGCGAGCGGCGGCGGCGAGGUGGGCGGCGGGGUCCGGGAGGAGAUGGCGGAGAACAAGUCGUGCGUCGCGGACAUAGAGGUGAGGGUGGUGGGCGUGGACGCCAUGAUCAAGAUCCUGUCGCGGCGGCGGCCGGGGCAGCUGAUCAAGACGGUGGCGGCACUGGAGGAGAUGCACAUGUCCAUCCUGCACACCAACAUCACCACCAUCGAUCAGACCGUCCUCUACUCCUUCAACGUCAAGAUCGCCGGCGACGCAAGAUUCUCGGCGGAGGACAUCGCCGGUGCCGUCCACCAGAUCCUUAGCUUCAUCGACGUCAACUACACGUUAUGAAAUCUCUCUCUUCUUCAA